CCCCCCGCCCCCAGUCGGGACUUCCUCCCUGCACCCCUGCCCCGAGGCUGCCCCGCGGCCAGGACCGCCGCCCAGCGUCUGCUCGGCUGUGUGGAUGCUCCCGGGCUGGGGCCGUGCGGCACCGAGCAGGCUCCGGAACACCCGUGCCGGGCCCUGCCCGGGGUAUUUCUUCAAUGGAGAAGUUGGUGAGUGUGGACGAGGCUGAAAGGACGCCGAGAAGCAGCAGCUGAGGAGACAGGUCGGAGUUGGCCAGGGGAGUCCAGAGAGCACCAGGAGGCCUGCCCACCCACCCGAGAAGCAGCAGCGAGCCCCUGACCAGCAUCCUCCGUGAAGGUUAAGAAAGCUGAUCGGUGCUGUGAUCGGAACACACUCCGAGCCCCUCCCACGAUGCUGCGCGCACACGAUGGUUGUUAGGCAAGUCACCUGUCAGGACAAAGGACAUUCUUCCGGAAGUGAAAGGUCUUCAGUCUUUGUGGUCUGUGAAUCAUCUGUUUGAGAUGUUGUGUUUACUCACUGAUUUGUGAUCGAAUCCUCGAAUGGACCCUAAGUCAGAUCUCCUCCUAAGACAGGCUGACCCCUGCGACCUAAUGAAUCCUUGGUGAAAGGGGGACUCAGCUAGGAUGUUACACCACCACUGUCGAAGGAACCCUGAGCUCCAGGAGGAAUUGCAGAUUCAGGCCGCGGUGGCUGCCGGGGAUGUCCACACAGUACGGAAGAUGCUGGAACAGGGCUAUUCUCCGAAUGGCCGGGACGCCAACGGCUGGACCCUGCUCCAUUUCUCGGCAGCGAGAGGGAAGGAGAGAUGCGUCCGAGUGUUUCUGGAACACGGAGCCGACCCGACGGUUAAGGACUUGAUCGGAGGCUUCACGGCCCUUCACUACGCAGCCAUGCACGGCCGGGCCCGCAUCGCCCGCCUGAUGCUGGAGUCCGAGUACCGGAGCGACAUCAUCAACGCCAAGAGCAACGACGGCUGGACCCCGCUCCACGUGGCCGCGCACUACGGCAGGGACUCCUUCGUGCGGCUGCUGCUGGAGUUCAAGGCCGAGGUGGACCCGCUCAGCGACAAGGGCACGACGCCGCUGCAGCUCGCCAUCAUCCGGGAGCGCUCCAGCUGCGUGAAGAUCCUCCUGGACCACAGCGCCAACAUCGACAUCCAGAACGGCUUCCUGCUGCGCUACGCCGUCAUCAAGAGCAACCACUCCUACUGCCGCAUGUUCCUCCAGCGCGGCGCGGACACAAACCUGGGGCGCUUGGAAGACGGGCAGACGCCCUUGCACCUGUCCGCCCUCAGGGACGACGUGCUCUGCGCACGGAUGCUGUACAGCUACGGCGCGGACACGAACACGCGGAACUAUGAAGGGCAGACCCCGCUGGCGGUCUCGCUGAGCAUCUCCGGCAGCAGCCGCCCGUGCUUGGAUUUCUUGCAGGAAGUCACAAGGCAGCCCAGAAACUUGCAGGACCUGUGCCGAGUUAAAAUCCGACAGUGUAUAGGCCUUCAAAACCUGAGACUACUUGAUGAACUCCCAAUCGCCAAGGUCAUAAAAGACUACUUAAAACACAAAUUCGAUGAUAUCUGAUAUCCACAGAACUGUGAGCAAGAUUAGAAGUAAUAUUCCAGAUACUUAAAAAGGCUUUUUUUGCCUUGCACAAAGUAUAUCCUAUGCAAUUUCUGAUUUGCUGUGAAGUCAG